CAGACCCAACAAAAACCGCAAACAUUUCGAACUUUGUAGAUCGAAUCGACGGUGCCAAGUGUCACUCGCGCUCGAACAAACGGACCGUUUCACUGGGUUCCUUCUUCCUUCUCUCCUCAGCCUACUUGCGCGGCUCCACCUCUCUCCUCUUCUGCAGAAUGGCAAGGUCGCUUUCAAAGUUGCUCUGCAAGGGAAUUUCAUUUUCAGGCUCGGCUGCUCGUUCUGCCAUAAUUGCUCCUGGAUCUUUUUAUAUCAAUGGAAUGAGAUACUCGACCACAGUGCCGAAUGAGCCUGACACACAUGAUGAUUUUAAGCCCACUAAUAAGCUGGAGAAUUCUGGCCUUACAUUGAAGGACCUUGUUGAACAGGAUGUCAAGGACAAUCCUGUAAUGCUUUAUAUGAAAGGAGUGCCUGAUCUUCCUCAAUGUGGCUUCAGCUCACUUGCAGUAAGAGUGUUAAAACAAUACAAUGUUCCUUUGGGUGCUAGGAAUAUCUUGGAAGAUCCUGAACUGAAAAGUGCUGUAAAAGCCUUCAGCCACUGGCCAACGUUUCCGCAGAUAUUCAUCAAGGGGGAGUUCAUUGGAGGGUCAGAUAUUAUUCUCAAUAUGCAUCAGACUGGUGAGCUCAAGGAAAAGCUUCAGGAUAUUUCAGCCAAUCAAGAGAAGUCUGAAUAAGUUGUUGAAUUUGAAGUGCAGAUGACAUUUCAUCCAUGUGACAUCAAAUUUAAUAAAUGUCUCUUUCAUCCGCAAUGCAUUACAUAGUGUUCAUGUGAGAUUUGUUUUGAUUGAAUUUCUCUAUACAUUUAGGGGUGUGCCUGAAAUCCCCCUUUCACUAUGGAGAAACAAUUGGAAUUGUGGACAUUUUUUUUUGGAAUAAAAUCUGUUUUUUGUUUUGCU